GCGCGUUCCCGUUUCGUGGAGGCGCGUUCACGUGUCGCCCAUCAGACCGUCUCAUCUCUGAGGCUCUCAGCGCUGUUUGCUGUAUUUUCCACCUUCACACAUCUUAACUGCGCAGCAUCUGGAAGAUGUGGAAGUCAGUGGUGGGCCACAAUGUGAAUGUGAAGGUGGCUGCAGAGGGGGACGACUGGGAGACAGACCCUGACUUUGAGAAUGAUGUUUCGGAGCAGGAGCAGAGGUGGGGGGCCAAAACCAUCGAGGGCUCUGGGCGCAAAGAGCACAUCAGCGUUGCGGAGCUCAGAAGCAAGGUGGCCCAGGAGCAUGAGCAGGUGAAGCAGAAGGAUCAGACUCCUAAAGCGUCGUACGGAUACGGAGGGAAGUUUGGGGUGGAGAAGGACCGGAUGGACAAGGCGGCCAUGGGCCACGACUACGUGGCACAAGUGGAGCAGCACUCCUCCCAGAAGGACAUGGCGAAGGGAUUCGGCGGGAAAUUCGGUGUUCAGAAAGACAGAGUUGAUAAGUCCGCCAUGGGCUUCGAAUACAAGGGAGAGGUGCAGCAACACACCUCUCAGAAAGAUUACUCAAAGGGGUUUGGAGGAAAGUACGGUGUUGAGAAGGAAAGGGUGGACAAGGCGGCUUUGGGAUACGACUAUAAAGCCGAGACGGAGAAACAUCAGUCCCAAAAAGACUACGCCAAGGGCUUUGGAGGGAAGUACGGCGUGGAGAAGGAGAAAGUGGACAAAGCAGCACUGGGUUACGACUAUAAAGGAGAAACCGAGAAGCAUCAGUCGCAGAAAGAUUAUGCAAAAGGAUUUGGAGGAAAGUACGGCGUAGAGAAGGAGAAGGUGGACAAAGCAGCACUGGGUUACGACUAUAAAGGCGAGACGGAUAAACAUCAGUCUCAAAAAGAUUACUCCGCAGGUUUUGGCGGUCGCUAUGGAGUACAGACAGAUCGAAUGGAUAAGAGCGCAGCUGGUUUCUCAGACAUGGACUCCCCAACAUCUGCCUAUGAAAAGACUCAACCAUUGGAGGCCUCGAGCGCGGGCGCCGGGAAACUGAAAGCUCGCUUUGAGAGCAUGGCCAAGGCUUCCGAUGAGGAAAACCGUAAGAAAGUAGAAGAGGAGAGAGCGAGAAGACAAGCCAGAGAGAGCAGAGAACGAGAGGAAGCCAAACGCAGACAGCAGGAGGAGGAGAGUAGAAAGGAGGAAUUCCAUCCUCCACCUGCUCAGGAGGAACCAGAGUACGACAUGCCUUCUGCAGAAACCCACCAGAACUUGCCGGAGAUUGAAGAAAUACCAGAACCAGAGCCGGAAGAAUUGUUCGAGGCGCCUCCUGAAUUGCCUCCACGCUCAGACGAUCUCUACGAGCCGGAGGAGCCCCCUCUACCGCCGCGGCCUGCGUGUGUGGAGGAAGAGGAGGACGGCGGGGAGUACUCUGAGCUUGCCGAACCGCCGCUUCCUGAGCCAACAGAAGCCAGUGGAGUCUACGAGGACAUAACGGCCGGCCAGAGGGCAGUUGCAAUUUAUGAUUAUGAAGGAGAGGCGGACGACGAGAUCUCCUUCAAUCCAGAUGAUGUCAUCACCAACAUAGAGAUGAUCGAUGAGGGCUGGUGGAAGGGCCACUGCCACGGACGCACCGGCCUGUUCCCCGCUGCUUACGUCCAGCUCAUUUAGACAGUUUUGCACACGCUUCCCUUUAGAAAUCCAAAUUUUAUUCAACUGUAACUUCUGCAGAUUUCUAUUUAUACAACAAAGCAUUUUUCCCCAAUCUAUCCAAAACUUUGUGCUUUUUACUGAAUCUGAAGGGAGAAAAACUUGAAU